AUGUCUAAUCUGGACUACUUGAGCUAUGAUGACUUUGUUGAAACAAUGCAAGAUCUUCUGCCUCAAUUGCUGAAAAUCCUCCAAAAUCAUUGCAAUCAAGAGAUAGCCAAUGAAACCUAUGGUACUCCUAUGGACCCAAAAGAUGGUCAGUUACACAAGUACACCAUGGAAGAGGGUGAUGAAGAACAGACCAUCUCACCCAUGUCCAUCAUGAUCAAAUGCAUUAGCAACCUUUACAAAGCAAUGCACAACCUUGGUCCAUUUGCUAGUCAAAUUGAACUUGGUAGAGUGAUGCAAACCAGAGUGAACCUCUUCCUCGCCAAUGAGGAGUGGGAUGCAAGCUGCAUCCUCAACUUCAAGAUUGAGGGUCUGAUUGAGCAACAACACCCUAUCAAGAUGGAGAUGUCAUGGGCCUGGAUGCUCAAGAAGCAGUAG